CCGUGUUCUUGCGCGUUGUCACGAGUUUAAGUUCACUAUCAUAGUCGGCACAAUUUCAAAAUUUCACCAUGAAAGCUGUUUGCGUCCUCAAAGGAACAGGCGACGUGACUGGCGUAGUUCACUUUGAGCAGCAGGUUGAAAGUGAUCCAGUAACUGUGAAAGGAAAGAUCACUGGCCUGACCCCUGGCCUGCAUGGCUUUCAUGUCCAUGCCUUUGGGGACAACACAAAUGGGUGCAUCAGUGCAGGACCUCACUUCAACCCCCACAAGAAGACCCAUGGUGGGCCAGAUGAUGAGAUCAGGCAUGUUGGAGAUCUGGGGAAUGUGACUGCUGAUUCUGAAGGAACUGCUAUCAUCCACAUCGUGGACAAACAGUUGUCACUGACCGGGCAGCAUUCGAUCAUAGGCAGGACCAUGGUGAUUCAUGAGAAGGAGGAUGACUUGGGCAAAGGUGGAAAUGAGGAAAGUCUUAAAACAGGAAAUGCAGGAGGUCGUCUGGCUUGUGGCGUGAUAGGCAUUGCUGAGUGAAACCAGUGUCACCGCUGCUAUUUUAACACUGGAACCACUCAGCUCUCCGUGACCAAUAUUGAUCUCCCCAACUAAGCCCUAAAGCCAAUGAAAAUAAAAUGUUAUUUUUACAGAAAUCCGUCAAAUAUAGAAUGGUCAUGCAAUCACUGUUUUGCCACCUACUUAUGUAAAUUAGAUCUUGAAUGUAAUGAAGUGGUGUUUCUUUUCGUGGAGUUCCCAUUCAUCCAAUAAAAUUUGUUUCUGUACCACUACA